AUGGAAGAAUGCUAUGGCAGAGAAGAUGUUAAAAGUGAACUUCUACCAAAUAACGACGACUAUCGAAGCCUGGUUGGAUCUCUCCUGUACAUAUCAGUCAACGCACGGCCUGACAUCGCCGCAGCCACAGCAAUACUGGGUCGCAAGGUGAAUCAUCCUACCGAGGCAGACUGGGUAGCCGCAAAAAGGGUAAUCCGUUAUUUACGAGGAACCAUCGACCGGAAGCUAGUGUUCGAUGGAAGCCCACUCGUUCUCACUGGGUAUUCCGAUGCGGACUGGGCUGGCAAUCAUGCAUCACGGAAGUCCACCUCCGGUUUCGUGUUCAUGAUGGGAGGAGCGGCCAUAUCUUGGAGAAGCCGGCAGCAGAGCAUCGUCGCUCUAUCGUCUAUGGAAUCGGAAUAUGUCUCACUCAGCGAAGCUGCACAGGAGACCGUGUGGCUAAGACGUCUACUUACGGAUCUUGGCCUUUCGCAGAAACAGCCGACAACCUUGUACGAAGAUAAUCAAUCGUGCAUUGCGUUCGUCCGGUCGGAGCGAGUCAACAAGCGGUCGAAGCACAUCGAAACAAAAGAGGCCUUCGUAAAAGAUUUAUGUGCCAAAGGAGUGAUCCGUUUGCAAUAUCUAUGCACUGAAGACAUGCUGGCUGAUUCGUUGACUAAGCCUCUUGGAGCAAAUAAGAUCGCCAAAUUUUCCGAGAUGAUGGGGCUAGUUAGCGGCUAG